AAACAGUUUCGUAAAAUGCUUUCGCUGUUCGUUCUGCUGCCGCUUGUGGCACUCGCUGGCGCCGCCUCAUUGCCGCCGCACCUGCCAGCAGGGGAUGCCGCAGUGGAGUCCCCAGUGGAGAUCUCGCCACUGAUCCUCGAUGGCUACGAUGUCCAGGGAGUGGACAAUGUGCCCUACUUGGUGUCCCUGAGCCUCACGAAGGCCACCUACGCGCAUCAGUGCGGGGGAGUGCUCAUCGCCAAGUCCUGGAUAGUGACGGCCGGCCACUGCGUGGAGGGAGUGCGCACCUUCAAUGGGGACGUCCUCGGCACGCCCAUCUAUGCGGGCGUGAGCAACCGCUCCAACGUGACCGCCGCUCAGGUGCGCCACGUGGACUUUGCCUCCGUUCAUCGCUCCUUCAAUGGCAACGCCGGCAGCGACAACAUUGCCCUGCUGCACGUCUCUGAGCCGUUUGUGUACUCCGCUCGCGUCCAGCAGAUUUCGCUGCCCGAUCCCGAUGAGGAUUACGCGGGCAAGCUGGUCACCGCCUAUGGCUGGGGUCUCACGGACGUCGAGGCGGAUGAGUUCUCCAAGCAGCUGCAGUACGCCUUUGCCCCACUGCUGGAGAACGCGCAGUGUGCAUUGCUGCUGCCAGCGGAUGCUCCGCUGACGGACAAACAGGUGUGCUCCACGGUGAAGACCUGCUACGGCGACGGUGGCACUCCGCUCGUCUACUGGCCCAUCGACGGGCCCGCGGAGCUGGUGGCCCUCGGCUCCUGGAGCUACAUGCCCUGCGGCUAUGCCAACCGGCCGACGGUUUACACCGCCGUCUCGUCGUAUGUGGGCUGGAUCUAUGCCACCAUAGCCGCCUACCAUCAACUCAACUGAGCAGCGGCCCCAUCGAAUAGAUCUUUUUGCGUAAUACACCAAAGUCUGCGUAAAGACUGUGACUAUUUCCGUAUCUAAUCGGGGAGCGUAUACUGUAUUUUUAUGGGCCCUAUAAGUGGCCCGAUCUAAUAAAUACUUACGAUUAGCGAUCG